AAUUUUCAUCCUGGAGCAGCUGCGACGCUUGGAUCCAGACAGGUGCAACAUUGUUGAAUGGAACGGCUAUUUCCUCGAUGGAGAGCGUAUUUGCUUAAAUUUUGAACUCCUCGAUCAAAGCCUGUGGGACUACAUAGGGGGCUGGAAUAACCAGGGUCUCCCAAUAAGAGAACUCAGGCCAAUUUUGCAUCAGAUCGCAAAUGCUCUGUUCCACCUGGGUUCUAUGGGAAUAGUGCAUGCUGACCUCAAACCUGCCAACAUAAUGGUUGUGAAUCGCCAUGAGUCUCCUGUCAAAGUCAAACUUAUAGACUUUGGCAUCGCAUGUAACACUUCUGCAGUGAUUACUGGUGGUACUGUGGGGACAAUUGGUUAUUGUGCACCUGAGAUUAUGCUUGGCACUCCAUAUGAUGAAGCAAUUGACAUGUGGUCUCUGGGGCUGGUAGCUGUGGAGCUUGCUACAGGGGUGCCUCUCUAUCCUGGGGAAGACGAUUAUGAUGUUUUGAAAUUCAUAAUUGAAACCCAGGGUCAGCUACCAGAUCAUCUUCUAGAGUCUGGCUUGUACACUAAUUGCUACUUCAUCGAAGAUAACUACAACGAACAGCGCUGGACAUUUAAGACCAAAGAACAAUUUCAAUACGAGACAGAUUAUCAAUCCAAGGAAACUCGAUAUAUAAAACUUAAGCGUCUCGAUGACCUCGAACAACUACUGAAGGUAAGGCGAGGACCUGAAAAUGGCCAACAAUUAUUUGUCAGGCUAAUCAAACAGAUGUUGGCCUUGGAUGCAAAUCAGCGCAUAACACCCUUGGAGGUUCUGAAGCAUCCCUUUUUGAACCCUGGCUUCUCAAGGAGUGCCCCCUGUACUGACAUGAAUAGCACAGGGGGAGAAAACCUUGUGGUCUCUCAGCAGCCUUCAAGCUGGAAAAGUCAAGGAUCGCAAAAAUUCAACUGCAGUUUCCAAAACUCAGUUGAAUAUCCUCAAAAUGGACACGUCAACACCUCAGCCAACCCAUCUUCCUCUGAAGAUGAUCUUGAAAUAUCUGAAGGGACCAUUUUGGGAGAUCACCACAUGGUAGAGUCUUUCCUUGAGAAGGAGGCUUUGGUGUUGUAA